AUGAGGAAGAUCUUUUGCUUCGGGAGAAAGAAGGUUGGGCCGCCCUCCGGCCCCUCCAGCAACCAUGGCGAGACCAGGGUGGGCCUGGAAGGCGAGACUGGUGACAGCGCCUUCCUACAGCCAUGGUACCACAUCCGGGAAAAAGAUCUCAGCAAAAUUCACCAAGCUGCCAGCGCUGGUGACUUAGCGAAAUUGGAGCGGAUCCUUUCACUGAAGAAAAAGGCCUUGGAUGCCAGAGAUAGAAAGAACAGGACUGCUCUCCAUUUGGCCUGUGCCAGUGGCUAUCCAAAAAUGGUUACUAUCCUUGUGGACAGAAAAUGUAAUCUCAAUGUCCCCGACAAUGAAAAAAGGACAGCUCUGAUUAAGGCGGUACAAUGCCAGAAAGAGGAGUGUGCCAGCAUCCUGUUAGAACGUGGUGCGGAUCCAAAUCACAGUGACGUCUAUGGCAACACAGCUCUUCACUAUGCUGUCUAUCAUGGGAACCUGUCAAUCACAGAAAAACUCCUUUCACAUGGCGCAAAUAUAGAAGCAAUAAACAAGGAUCACCUCACUCCACUUUUACUUGCUGUGAGUGGAAAAAAAGAGGAAAUGGUAGAAUUUUUGGUAAAGAAGAAUGCAAAUGUAAAUGCAGUCGAUAAAAUGAACAGGUAUAGUAUUUAGUGCUUUUUUU